AUGGUUGUAAAUAGAUAAUAAUUGAUCAAGCCAGUUCUUUCUAAGAAAAAUAACACUCAUUAUGAUAACUUGCAAGAUUUAUUACCUAAAACACCUUCUGGAGCAUUUGACAGGGAACUUAUUAAAACUCACAGAGUAUUUGACAAUAAUUCUAUUAUUGAGCAGUCUGAGAUUAAGAAACUAGACUAUAGAUUUUUGCAAGCUGGCUUGUCUGAUAAGAAAUCCAAAAAUUCAAUAAAUGAUAAAGAAGUUGAGUUAUUAGUACUGUUGAGUAAAUUGAAGCAAUUGAAAAGAGAUCCUUUUAUGUGUUAAAAUAAAACACAAUUCUUGAUCAAUUUACAAGAUUAGGCUCUAAAAGCAUUUGAUAUCAUACUUGAUUUUGAAGAUUUACAGUUUAAGGAGCAUCUUCGAAUCAUUCGAGGAAUUAUAUCAAUGCUCGUAUUUGAAGAUAAAUUGAAACUGCCGAACUUCCUCAAGGAUGAGAUAUUUGAAUCAGAUUUAAAUCUAGAAAGUAGUCCACAGGUAUGCUACUUUGAAUUAUAUGAGAAAAGUAUGAGAGCAUAUAAAAAGAGUAUCAAGGAAUGCAAGAAAUUGUAAAUUAGAGAAGAAUUCAAAGUGUCUUAGCUAGAAGCUAAAAUGGAAAUAAACGACAAAUCAUACAAAAAGCUUCUAGAUGACUUCAAUAGAUUAAGUUCAGGGCCAAACAAAGUAAUUGAUGAUGGUCUGACUGAAAUAAUUGAUUAGGAGGAUGAUUUCAGGAAAAUGGAAACUAAGUUUUACAAGAAAAAAAUUGCUUUGAGAGAAUGUAAAGCUGAAUUCAUUAAGCUUAUCAUUGAUCAUAAAGCUUUAAAGGAGAAAUUUGAAAAAUUAGAAAAGGAAUAUACUGAGAAAGAGAAUGUCUAUGCUUAGGGAUUUUAAAACUAUAAUAAUGCCCUAUUUCUAUUGAAACAAUCAUAAGAGAAAAUAGCUUAACUGACUUAAUACUCGAAUAACCUGGAAGACGAAAAUAGUAAACUUCUUAUUAGAGGCUCAAUAAGUUUUUCUGAGUUGACACCAAGAUUUUCAAAGAUGAAGGAGCUUUUUAAGGAGCAUAAGAUAAAGGAGCCCACAGCCAAAAUGUGCAGAGAUGGAUCAAAACAUCCUAGACAUGUAAGUUCUGCUUAGUAUGUAGAAUGUCUGUUCUAAGAACUUGAUGAGAAAAGGGCAAAGGUCAGAGAGCUUAAAAAACAAGUAAAUGAUUAGAAAAUAGCCCAUGAAAGAGAAAAGGCAUCAUUAAGUAGUGCGUACUUGAAUGGCGGAAGCACGAACUUUUAAACACCUGGCAAUCAAGGAGGACAUAGAUAGUCUGUUAUACUUAAGAGGCAAAUUAGACCUUUGAAAUCAUUGGCAACUAAUCUUGUGAAUAAUACUGAUAAUUCAUCAUAAGAGGAGGCUGCAAGUAAUGGUGCUCCUGCGAGUCCAAAAAGAAGUCAAAAGAAAAGCUAGGUUCAAAAUACCUUGUCAAGUCCCAACAUAAUACUUGAUGAUUAGAGUAAAAGAGUUUUAUUUAGUGAUGCCCUACAUGAUACUCAAAUAAAAGAUAAUGAUUCAGUAAUGCUAGAGAUUAUUAGUGAAAAAUGA